AUGUAUUUGUUGAGUAGUCAUGUUAGCUUUAAAGUUGACGGAAUUCAAACUCUACUAAAGGAAGAUUUACACUUGGAGAGACAACUUGACGUUAUUAAUAAGUCUUCUAAACGGAGUUUUCAGACAAAGUUUGGAGAUAUUGUUGAUUGUAUUGAUAUUUACAAACAACCAUCUUUUGAUCAUCCUUUAUUAAAGGAUCAUAAAUUGCAGAGAAAACCCAAUUUUAUUAAUGUAAUUGAAAAGUCAAGUCAGAAAAAUUUAGGAACUAGAUCCAUGUUUGGAUUGAGUAAGGAUAAAUGUCCAAAAGGAACUGUUCCUAUAUUGAGAACAACAAAAGAAGACUAUAUUGGAGAAAAAUCAAUGUUAAGGGAUCAUAUAUUGCUUCAAGACCUUCCUGGUGUUCAUAUUGCAGAAGUUUCUCUUAAACCAGAUUUUGGUCCUUACUUUGGAGUUAGUGGAUCAAAUAGUAUUUAUAAUCCACGGAUUGAUACAAAAGUUCAAAUAUCUAUGUCUCAUUUAUGGGUUCAAAAUGGACCGAUAGAAUCAACUAACAAAAUUUCAUUAGGAUGGCAUUCAAAUAAUUUCGGAAAGACAGGAUGCUACAAUGUUCGAUGUGCAGGUUUUAUUCAAACUAGCAAAGAACUUUAUCUUGGUGCACGCAUAGCAAACAUAUCUGUGUACGGAGGACCAACUUAUGAGUUUCCCCUUUCUAUUUCUCAGGAUCCAGUGAGCAAAAAUUGGUGGUUAAGUAUAGACAAUAAAUUUAUUGGAUAUUUUCCAGCAAAAUUAUUCAACAACAUGAGCUCAGCUGAAGAAGUAGGAUGGGGUGGAAGAACAAGAACUCAUUUUGGUACUCAUAGUCCUCAAAUGGGGUCUGGAUCUUUUCCUUAUGAUAACCUUCUUACUCAUGCUUGUUUCUUUAGACACGUGUCGAUUCAAGAUGCAUCAAGAAAAUCUCGUGAAGCAAGACCAUAUCAAACUAAUUCAUUUACUGACAAACCCAAUUGUUAUGGUGUUAGAUAUUAUGGUGAUGUAAGACACAUUUAUGGCUACAUGGUUCUGUUUGGAGGACCUGGUGGUGAUUGUGGUAAUUAA